AUGGUGUUAGCCAAUGCUCUAUCCUAUUCACACCCCUUAUCUACCUCUCCAACUUUCCCCAGAAGCCCCCGAAUGGUGGAAGUUGGCUUGGGGAUCUCGACUUGUGGCAGCGAGCCUCCUGUCAAUCAGUUAAGUCACUUCCCAUCCGCCGAAGAUUACGCCAUCCCAACUACCGGCUGGCCCAGCCAGUUGAUGCCUUCUACACUGCCCCCCCACUCAACACUGGAUACAACCCAUCUUUCGCCCGCAACUUAUUACGAAACAUACUCAGGCUCCGAUGUCUCCGCCUCACCGCUCAGCUACUGUGACCCACGAACUAUGAGUGCUUCACCUAGCCGUGGGUCGAUAAUGGACAUUGGGCCUCCGCAGGAUGUGUUGGGUGGGCAUGCGUCCUAUUUCUGGCCAAAUAAUUCCUCCUCCGACACCCUUGCGCGAGUAAAGCAAGACCCAGAUGCUGAGUAUCAAGAUCGAUCGUUUCUGGAGGACCCAGCUCUCGUUGGGUUACCUGCGUUCACAAACAUGGAAAACGAAGGAGAAAGGGUGCCCCCCAAGCCCGAAAACCUCGAAGAAGAGGAUUCCGGAAAGCUAGCAGAGAUUGAUUUGCAUAUGGAACGAACGUUCAGCUGUGAUCUGCCGGUGGAACCUGCUAUGUUUCCCUUUGAGGUAAUUUCAAAAUGGAUGAGAGAAAACAUCGCAUUCCCUAACUGUGAAAAACCGAAGAUAUCGUCCGCGAAUGGCCUCUUAUGCACUAUAUGUGGCGUCCGCUUUACUCGCCGCUCGAACUGCCGGGAACACAUGAAGAGGCACGACCCUAACAGCAGAAAAACAUUCCCAUGUGAGAUUUGCGAAAAGCCCUUUGGCCGGAAGACUGAUCUCAAGAGACAUGUCGGCAGCGUUCACUAUGGGCUGCGGAAAUUCGGUUGCGAACAGUGUGGUUUUCGCUUUAGUAGGCAGGACACUCUUGCAAGGUGA